AUGGGAGACUCCUCUAGUGACUCACAGUGGAACGACUCCCUCACGGGGGACUGCUUCACGGGUGCGGCCCUCGGUGUUGGCUACCCCUCCACGUGGAAAUCAAUGCGCAUUAAAAAAGGAGAAGCAUUCGAGACGCCACUAUCAUCGCGCACUUCACGCGCGUCGCGACUUCUUCCUAAUCUGGAAGGAAAUUUUUUCACGUCCAGGAGGAAUGUGGAAAAGAGCUUUUUCAAAUAUGUGUGGAUGAGCGAAGAUGAGGUGGGAGGAGAGUCAACUGAAGAGAAGGACGAGGAAGAAAGACAAUACCAAUACGUGUACAAAACGCGGUUCAGCAGAAACAGUGUGUUCAGAGCAAGCGUUGAUGAGUACUCGAUAAGAAGGACUGUUCUGCCGGUGCGAGAAGGGAGAGGUGAGGGGAACAAUCGAAUUGGAGAUGGCGCCAAGAAUGGGACGAAGCUGUACGGAUGUAAAAUCACGCGCGGGGUGAAUCCCCGAAUGGGUAGAAUCCACCAGGGAGGGAGAGAGGCGGAAGAAGGACGCGGCAGCAUAUUGCUCGAAAACGCCUGGAAGGGGAUCAAACUGGGGGAAGGGGAUACAUUUGACGGCGCCGCAUUUUGCAGCGACCCGUUUGGAUGCGACCCGUACAUGUGCUACCCCCUGGAGGUGUGCAGCAGGGACGCAAAGCAGCGCAGGAGCAUCAGCAAGGAGCCCUACAAAGUAUUGAGCGCCCCGAACUUGGUGGACGACUUUUAUCUCAACUUGGUAGAUUGGUCAAGACAAAACAUAAUCGCCGUGGCUGUUGGGUUGUCAAAUGGGGUUGUUCAAAUUUGGGAUAUGGAAAAAGAGGUGAAGGUGAGAAAGUACAGAAAUCACAAGCGAAGAGUUGGAGCACUAGGAUGGCACUACGACACGUUAACCACUGGGAGUAUGGACAACAAGAUUGUCUGCUCCGACAUCAGAUGCAAGGAUAGUAGUUACGCACAGCUAACUAAUCACACUUCGGAAGUCUGUGGUCUUCAAUGGAAUUAUAAAACGAAGCAGUUGGCUUCCGGAUGCAACGACAACUCUGUUUACAUUUGGGAGUGGCGAAAAUGUCUUCCUCUCUUCCAGCUUACAAAACAUACCGCUGCAGUGAAGGCCAUAAGUUGGUCUCCCCACAAACAUAACUUACUAGCUACUGGCGGAGGCUCUGCUGAUAAAAAAAUUUGUUUCUGGAAUACCUCCACAGGGGAGUGUCUUAAUGAGUUACCCACGAAUUCUCAAGUGUCUAAUAUUUUUUGGGCCAAGCACACUGAAGAAUUUGUUUCAACACACAGCUAUUCACUGGGCCAGGUUGUGCUGUGGAAAUACCCUCGACUGAGAAAAGUGUCCACGCUGAGCGGCCACGCGUUGAGGGUGCUCUAUGGGGCGCUCAGUCCGGACGGCCAGUCCAUCGUCACGGGCUCGCCCGACGAGACGCUGCGCCUGUGGCGUGUCUUCCCAGGCGGGGGAGGCAACCGUCCGGAUAGUUGUCUGCAUACCUGUUUGGGAGGCUGCCUGGGAACGCACCGCUUAACAAAUCACCCGCCGCACGAGUUCCCCUUUUCAAACUGUUAUGAACAAGUCAGGUAA